ACUUAUGUUACGUGCUGUAUGCCUUUUACCAUUUCGGUGGAUCUGUGUCUGAAAAUGACGAGAAAUCGCAUCGCAGCACGUAGAAGGCGACAAGAACAACUCCGCUGCUGCUGUUCCUCCAUAGACUGCAAGUGUCAUUAUGGUUGCAUUGAGCCAGUUGUCGCUUACUGUCCCUUGCAUUCUCUCAGCUACUUGGCUCGCUCAGGCAGCCACGCCUGCUGUAAAAGGAGUCGAUCCUGCAAAAUAUGAAUUAUACGCCUCUCUUGCUGGCCAUCAGUGGGAAUGUCUGGACGGUUCGAAAAAAAUACCUUACUCCUCGGUGAACGACGAUUACUGCGACUGCGCUGAUGGGUCGGAUGAACCAGGCACCUCUGCUUGUUCUCACGGUCACUAUUACUGCGAGAAUAAAGGACACAUACCAGCUUAUAUCAAGUCGUCACAAGUCAACGACGGCGUUUGUGACGAUGCCUGCUGUGAUGGAUCGGAUGAAUACAACGGUUUUGUCCAAUGUCCCGAUCGAUGCAAAGAGGUGGCUGCAGAGUACAAGAAAACACAAGACAUGCUGAACAAGAUUCGUACAGCUGGCGUCAGUGCCAAGCAGAAACUGAUUGAUGAAGCACAAGCCGAAGUCGCGGCUUGGCAAAACGAAAAGUCAAAGCUGGAGGACACUCUGGUGAUUAAGCGUGCCGAGCUACUGAGAAGAGAAAGUGAAUUGGAACAGCUCAGUCAACAACGAAAGAGCCAUAAAACGAGCCAAAAGCGAUGUCCGUCGAACAAGGCUAAUCCAUUAACGGAUGCUCUGGAAAGACAUGUGCGUUCUCUGCAAGAAGAAAUCGACGUGCUUGUAUCUAUCCUUCGUGAUAUGAAGCGUGAUCACAACCACAACUUUCACGAUAUGGCGGUCAAGGCGGCCAUUGCCGGUUACGAUGAAUUCUUACCAGGCUACGAAGAUCUAAAGAAAGAAAUUGACACUGACCUGAAAGAGUAUGAGGAGCAGCAAGACAAUGCCGACGACGAUUUUGAGGAAACAGAUGAGGAGGAAGCAGAGGAAGAGGAGAUCCCUCAAACUUCCGAGGAAAAGGCUCUGAAAGAAGGUAAACUUCAAUCGCUUCUAAACAAAGCGGUAUCUGCUCUUCCUCUCAUGUGGAAAAGCCAAUUGGAUCAGCUAUUGUCCAGGGUUGGCAUGAAACAGAAUGAGGAAAAAGAUGCCCCAGCUUUGGAGACAGCCGAAAAGGUGCGCGAUACAAUGAAGCGUGAAAUCGAUGAUGCCGAGCGCCGUUUGAACGAAAUCAAUGAUGAGCUAGCCAAAGAUUACGGUCCACAGCGAGAAUGGCUCAAGCUUAAAGAUACCUGUGUCGAGAAAAACGAAGGAGAAUAUACCUAUUCCGUUUGUAUUCAUGGAGCUGCCCAUCAAAAAUCGAAUAAGGAUAGCAUGCGUACCCACCUUGGCACGUUUGAAGCUUUUGUCGGACCCAAGGGCACGGACGACUACUACCGCGAACAGUCAUUUACGCAUGGAACACGAUGCUGGAAUGGUCCCGAACGAAGUGUUCGUGCUUUUAUUGAUUGUGGCGCAGAGACAGAAAUCAUCGAAGUGACCGAACCCGAAAAGUGUGAAUAUCACUUCCGUAUGCGAUCUCCCGCCGUUUGCUCGAUGGAGCCCAUCCAAGAACCGCAUAAACCUCAAGCAAGGAAACCUGCACAGCGUUAUAUGCAUGAAGAACUGUAGCUGAUGAAUUCACGUAGAUCAAUCCGAAAAACGGGAUCUCAAUAAAUAAGGAUAUAAUCUAACCAUGUGCAAUGUUACGGCUUUUUAGUUGAAGAGGAUAUAAUCUAACCAUGUGCAAUGUUACGGCUUUUUAGUUGAAG